AUGUGAAAAAGAAAAUACUGAGAGAGAUAUAACUCAUGCCACCAAUAGCUGCUUCACACAUGGAGAGAUGCAAGACCAGUUCAUUUGGGGAAAUUGUUCAGAGGAUGAACUCAUCAGAAGUUUGGAAAACUUUAUUGCACCAGUUUUCUGGAUAUUGUUAUUAUAUCAGAUAAGCAGCUUAUUCAUUACUUCCUUAUGCUGGAAACGUGUCAGGAUCACCUAUCAAGCCCAACCUCAGCGCUUGCCUCAGCUUCAAACUUCAGCACAAGAACCAAGUGAGGAGGACAUAGACAAGACAAAGAACUGCCACAAAAGUCUGAGCAAUGGAAAUGGAAUUCACCAUGGAGCCAAACAUGUGUCUGUGGAUAAUCGAAGACUUUCAGCACCUGUUUCUCAAAAAAUGCAUAGAAAAAUUCAGUCCAGCUUGUCUGUAAAUAGUGAUAUCAAUAAGAAGAGUAAAGUGAAUGCAGUCUUUUCCCAAAAGCCAGGCUCCUCACCUGAAGAUUGCUGUGUCCACUGCAUCCUCGCCUGCUUGUUCUGUGAAUUCCUGACCCUCUGCAACAUCGUCCUGGGACAAGCUUCCUGUGGCAUCUGUACCUCAGAAGCCUGCUGCUGUUGCUGCGGAGAUGAAAUGGGGGAUGACUGCAACUGCCCUUGUGACAUGGACUGUGGCAUCAUGGACGCCUGUUGUGAAUCAUCAGACUGUUUGGAAAUCUGUAUGGAAUGCUGUGGAAUCUGUUUUCCUUCAUAAAUAUUUAUCUUUUGUUUGCGUUAAAACUGGAGAGUGUUUUAAAUGUUCCUUUUAAGGAAGAAAAAAAAGCACAUGGUAAGAUUUCGUGAAACUAGCAACCUAGUAUUUGCACUGUUAACUCAUUUUUGUAAUCUCUGAAAGCCUUUUUUCCCCUCUAACCAAAUCUGCUUGGUUUAAUAUGUGAAAUUUUAACUACUUUUAAGCUCUUUAAUAGGAUUCAGUGACUAAGGGACAUUUUGACCAAACCCCCCUCCCCCCCAAAAAAACAACAACAAAAAUAAAACAAAACUAAAUAUUUCCUCCUUUUCAUACAUAUUUCUAUUUCUUUUAAUCAUUUUCAGAAGGCUUUUGCUCCAAAUGUAUUAUUUCUCUGUGGGUAUUAAAAGCAGACUAAUUUUCAUGUGUAUCUAUUAAUGGUUAACAGUAAACAUUUUUACUUUAAAGUAAACUUUGGGAAACAAAUCCAAAUAGCAGUUGGGCGCCCCGAGUUUACCUUUAUGCUCUGUUCUCCCCUUUCUCCAUUUGUUCAACAGACAUUGAGUGCCUACUGUGUGUCAUCUGCUGAGAUGCAGAGAUGGCUGUCAUUCAAUUUCCAUCCAUGAGAGAAUAGAGUUUAGCGGAGGAACGAGACCUUAAAAAAUGAACCACGAGGCAUACCGUGGGGAUUAUGAGAGAGAGAAACUCAAAAGGAUAUAGGAA